AUGGCAGACGGAAGGGUAUACCAUUUUAGUUCUGAGACAAAUUUGAGGAAAAGUAAACAAGUUUUUUCUGUAAUUCCUGGGAUCAAAAUGUUUUGCGAAAACGGAGCGAUUGGAUUUGAAUUAUCGUUAAGAGACCUAAUCACAGACAAUGUCGCUGAAGGUAGAGGAGGUGCAGCAGGAGGUGGAGGAGGUGGAGCGGGAGGAGGAGGAGGAGGAGGAGGAGGAGGAGGAGGAGGAAAGAAAACUGGGCCAUUACAGAGAAUUAUAAGAGCAAUGAUGAUGAUUCCUUUAGCAAUACAAAUUCUUUCAUUGCCGAAAGCAUUAGCUGAAAUAAAAAUGUCGCUCUUGAGAAGUUUAAUGGUUGCCAAAAUUGCCUUGAUUGUCCUGGCUUUUAAUUCCUUCAAAAAUAUUCAGCAGGAAAUUGUCGUCGUUCAAAAAGCACCCGUGCGUCAACAUUUUGAUCAUUAUUAUCAUCCCUUUCCAGAAAAAGAGGAAGAAGAUAAAGGAUGGCUUGGAUUCGGAUUUGGAAAAUGAAGACUAUUUUUCUAAUUAAAAAGUUUUAUUCAAGGAUUCAUUUUAAGUACCAUCAUUUAAUGUUAAAUCAGAAACUUUAUAAUCAAUGCAGUAUAAAAUAUUUAGGAUCUUUAAUACUUGAUCUCAAUUUUGCUUCUAGCUAUCAAAAAUAGAAUCUGCUUCAUAAUUUCAUUUUAAAAAAUAAGCAA